GUGUGCCUGUGGCUGUGCCUCUGGCUGUGGGUGAGCACCCAGAGGUGUUCCUUUUACCAUUUUUUGUCCCUUGUUGUAGUUUAAUAAACUUUUUGAAAUUUUAGAAGUGCAGAGGCAUUUCUCACAACAAAGGAAAAGACCACUUGCUUUGUAGGGAAAAGGAAAAUCAAGAUCAAUACCCCCGAGACUGUGAAAUUCUGAUGGAUCCAAAGUUGUGAAACCCCUUCUGAUAGCCUUGUGACUCCAGCAGCUUUCGGAAAAAACAACAACAGUGGAAAAGGGCACGGAGAGACCUAGAAGGAUGGGAAUGGGGAGCUCCUUCUCCAUGUUCCUGACCUGGGAGGAGCUGCUUUAGGACAUGGAUCCCAAAGGAGCAAGAGGUACCAGGAAGCACUGCUGAUUGGCACAGACCCCCUUUGCCUGCUGCUGCCCCACAGUGAACAAAGUCUUUGGGAAACAACAGCAGAACAGGUCACAGAGAGAGCCAGAGGGAUGGGAAUGGAGAGCUCGUGGUGAUCUGGGCACUUUCUCCUUCUUCUUGUUACUGACCUGGGAGGAGCUGCUUUUGGACAUGGAUCCUAAAAGAGCAAGACCCAGGAAACUCCGCUGAUCUGCACAGACCCCCUUUGCCUGCUGCUGCCCCACAGUGAACAGGGAGCUGCUCAGGAGCUGUGUCAUCCCUUCCUGGAUUCUCCAAGCACUGACUCCCAUCCACUCUGACCACAGCCAGCAACCACAUCCCACUGCCUGCCCAGAGUCCAUCCAUGGAGGUGACCACCGUGUCCCCAUCUCCUGCCUCACCCACUGAAGGAGACGAUCUCUGUGAGACAGAUGCUACCAACGUGGCCAUACACAGUGUGACACUGCUCAUCUGCCUCUGUGGGCUUGCUGGGAAUGGGGCUGUCCUUUGGCUCUACAGCAUGGAAAGCCGUACACUUUCCAUGUUUCACCUGGCUGUCAUCGACUUCCUCAUACUUCUCUUCAUCGUCCCCUCGCCCCUCCUUUUCCUGGUGGAGGACAUGUCCUGCUCUACUAUUGUGCCUUUGAUCUACUUGAGGUUCCUUUUCCAGCUGUCAGUGGUCUCCUACUUCUGGGGGCUGUUCGAAGUAAUGCUCAGCAGCAAUUUGUUUGCCAUGUCCAAGCUCCUCCAGCUCUGCUGCCACCGAAAUCUUCCCAAGCGCCUGUUGUUGGUGGUAGGCAGUGUCCAGUUCUGGGCCUUCUUUGCUCUCUUCACUGUCAUUCCCAUGGUGACUUCCCUGUGCCCAUCCCACGAGCAGAGGCAGUGCAGGGCAGCUCUCAUCUCCAUUUAUGUUGUCAUCCUGCUCCUCUUUGUUGCCCCCACGGUCAUUUUCCGCACAAUCAACAUCAUCAAGUCCAAGCGAGGCGCCAAGAAGCAGAAACCCAAGAGGCGACACAUUGUUGUCUCCAUCAUUGUGGUCAUCACUCUCCUCCUCUUCUUCUGCAAUUUCCUGCAGCAGCUCGGAUAUUUCCCUGUGUCCUCCGAGAUCUUUUUCCUGCUCCCCUGCAUCCACAGCAGCAUCAAACCCUUCAUUUACUUCCUGGCAGGGAGGUGCUGGAGUCCCUGCUCCACGGGAUCCCUCCGGAUCUCCCUCCAGAGAGUCUUUGAGGAAAAGGAAGAAAAAACAGCCUGCAGUGAUGAUGCCAACACAGACACAGUGAUCUAAGUCUGUUGAUCCCUUUCACUGCCCUGCUGAAGGACCUUGACACAGGUUACCUUGAGUCACCUGAUAAAUAAAUAAAUAUGCACAGCAUCACCCUCCCUGUGCUGGUGUACUCCUGCAGGAGAAGGGAGCGGGGGCAUGGCCAGAGGCAAUGUGACAGGGAUGCUUUGUCAUAGAGCACAUUGGAGCAUGGCUUUCCUCCUCCCUGCUGUGCCCACAUGGCUCCAGGCAUUGCAGCUGGGCUCAGUGCUGUUCCCCAGCUCUGUUCCCCAUGGAAUGACCCUCUUUGGCUGGGCCCCAGGGAAUGAACUCCAUCUCCUCUGGCUACCCAGAUGAGUUUCAUGGUGUUUUGGAAGAUCUCUUGCCUGCAAAGAAUGUGACAUGUUAAGGAACAGGGACACACCCAGCACAGGGUGUGAUUUCCCAAAUCCCUGUGGGGCUGGUGCCUCUGAAUGGCAGGAGAGGGGCUGGGAUCACACUGAGCCUCCUUCCCCUUCUGUGCAGAAGAUUUGGCCCUGCAUUCCCAGCUGAUGGGAAGAGACAUCAGGUAGGGCUGCAGAGAUGGGCAGGGACAGCAACAUUCCCUUGUACUUUCAGUGGAAAUCUGUCAUAUUCUUUUAUUAAAGAGUUAAAUCCUUCUGAGUAAAGUGCCAGGUAAAAAGUGACCUCCCCUGAACCCUUGUUCCUUGUGACCAAAAAGAGCUUUCAACAUGCAAAUUCACAUCACCAGAUGUUUUAAUUGGACAUAAAUUACGGGGUUAUGCUACUGUUCUGCAGAAUGGGGCCAUCCUCUGAUUCCCCAGCAUCAGUGUCCAGGGAAGCCCUUGACCACCUCCAUCCUGAAUCUUGCCAUCCUCAGGAGGAGCUGAACAGAGACUCUACACAACAGCUCCAGCCAAAAUCCAUCUUGUACUGAUCUUUAUCAUUUUGUUCUUACCCCUACAUCAAAUUUGACUUUAUUUUUUUCUUUUGUUUAUUUCUAAUGUUGUAGCUCUGAACUCAGAAUUUAUUGAAUAAACCACAUUCGGGCUUGUCUGCAGAGCUUGUCCCUGGUGAACAGUUUCCAAAA